GAAGAAGAAGAAGAAGAAGAAGAAGACGAACUGAGAGAUAAAACAAAUCUUUAUUUUAUUAAAAACAAAGUCUGUUGUUGCAAUUGAGAGCACUUGUGGUGCGUAACCCGAGUAGCUAUUAAUAUGCAGCCAUGCAGUAGCUAUUAAUAUACAGCCAUGCAGGUUGUGAAGACUUCCUCGUCGUGGUGAUUGCUUGUGCAUCUUGUUGACGUCCGAAAUCAUGUUUGGAGAGUUGUAUCCCUUCGCGGAGGACAGUUUUAGCCGCUUCCCAUCUCAGAGUAACAUUUAUGGACUGUGUCAGGCCGGGGAGCAGGAGCUGCUCGCGGCUACACUCAAAGGGAAGGUGGUCAGCUUCACUUACCAGGAACUUCAGCAGAAAAUAAGACCAGUGGCCAAAGAGGUUCAAUUUACCUACAUACCAGUUGAUGCAGAGAUUGUGUCAAUCGAUGCGUUCAACAAGUCCUCACCCAAAAGUGGGCUUGUAGUGGGGAUCACAUUCAUAAAGGACUCUGGUGACAAAGCCACCCCGUUCUUGAAUAUCUACUGUGACUACGAGCCUGGCUCAGAGUUCAACCUAGAGUCAAUUGCCCAAAGUUGCCUCAAUCUGGAGUUGCAGUUCACACCCUUCCAGCUGUACCACACAGAAGUGCAGAGUGAUGACGGAGGACGAGAAAUUGUUUUUCUGCUUAGUGGUCACGACCAGAGGAUACACCUGUACAAGGAGAAUGCCUCACUCCACCAGUUUGAAGAGCAGCCAGUGGAGCGACUCUUCCCAGAGCUGCAGCAAUUGCCCAGCAAUGUGUUAUGGAUGGACAUAUUGUGCAUACCUGAUGGCCGACGACUGUCUGCAUUUGGCUGCCAGAACGGCUGCGUUGGACUGGCUCUGGUCAAACAGUGUGGGCCAGAGGUUUUGCAGAGCUGGCGCGUUCAGUUCGACAGUCCAAUCUCCAUCGUGCUGCUUUUUCCUCUCAUCUGCCAAACAGAGCCGGAUCUGCCCAGUGGAGAAAAAAGUUUCGGAGUUGAAGGCUACAAUCUACUAGUAACUAGCACAAUCGAGAUGGCAGUUGUCUACAGAAAUGUUCAUGAGGGAGGCUUGUCCCACUCGCUCUGCCUCGCUGACAGCGACCAGUGGGAUGCAGUGCUCUGUGCUCUGGUUAUCGAUCUGGAUUUUGACGGGCAGAAGGAGGUGCUGCUGGGAACAUAUGGACAGGAACUUCUCUGUUAUAAAUUCCAGCAUGGGGCAGCAGGAGAAGAGGGACACUUUGAGUUGCUGUGGCGACGGAGCUUCAAGAGUCCUUUGCUGUCAAUCAUAUACUUGGAUCUGACGGGGGACGGUUUGAGAGAGCUGGCUGUCCUCACACUGAAAGGACUGUAUAUCUUACAGCACAGUCUCACCAGCACUGCUGAGUUGGUCCUGGAGCGUCUUGCCAGGAGAGUGGCAGCUUUGACUGUUGACACGGAGCCAAAGGCAACUGAAGGUCGAAAUACUCAUGAAAAGGAUAUUCCUGAGGAGGACUUUGCACUGAAACCAUCUUCAAAUUAAUAAACGGUGUUUUGAUGGUAUACCAACACAAUUUUACAAACGCUGGAGCAACAUUUAAGCUUUUAUAGUCACGUUUGCAAUACAUGCAAUUAAGACGUUUAAUGUGCGUGUGGUUUGGUCGGCAAACAGAAAAACAGAUUUUUGUUGAAAAAGCCAAAUCGGUCAGAGACAAUCCAUUCUUCUGGCUGUCAUAAUUAUGAAACACAUUCAGUGCCAUGUGUCCUUUGUACAUAAGAGUUGGGAAUUAAAUAGCUGUUUCCAACUCCUGAAUUUACAAAGGUAAAUAAAUGGACAGUUAUCUUUUUUAUUGA